GUGAGAACAGCCUGGCUGAAGAAGGAUUACCGGGGGCUGGUUUGUCCUGGGCUGCAUUAAAGCUGGAGCCGCCGCAACUGCAAGCACAUCAAAGGCUCUCCUUCUGCUCCUCACUGCUGCUCCCACUGACGGCAGGCCUACUGGAUGGUGGAAUCAUUUCUUCUUUUUACGCACAGCGGGAUCGGUGUCCGGUCCGCAGGACGAGACAUAAACGGACAUUUACUAUUCCGAAUUUCACCCGUCUACGUCGAGCCGUGUCGAGAUGAUGCACUGAGGAGAACACAGCACAGGCUCCCCGGUUGAUCAUCCUGAGGCUGCAGUGAACGGAGGGGGGAUUGCGGUACAACAAGGUUAAUAAUCAGCAUCAAUACAGGUCUUCUCUGUGAUCGGGAGCCGACUUCACAGAGCGAUUCUUGCCCCUGUGCGGGGGGUCGGCGGAGAAAUAUAGAUCUAUAAAAAUUAUGGCCACCCUACUGCGGAAGAUCGGUCUGAUCCGCCUGCACGACCGAGACACCGAGGACCCAAAGCACCACCAGGGCUCGUUAAAGGGGACCAAAGGGAACCAGAAAAACAACGCCAACAAACACUGUCAGACCGCGAACGAAACCAACAUCCUGAGCACCCCGGAGAUUAAGGCGAGGAAGCUGGACCAGCACGGCAAGGACAAGCCGUCCGGCAAGGAUAAGCAGGGCAAGGAUGCGAAGGAGAAGCAGCAGACGGGAGGAGGCGGGAGUAAAGCGACCAGUGCCUCCUCGAUACCACCGCUGGCGCCACACCGGCAACACUGCACCCAGGUCCGGACGCGGAGGCUGAUGAAGGAGCUACAGGAGAUCAGGAGGUUAGGGGACAACUUCAUCACGGUGGAGCUGGUGGAGGACAACCUGUAUGACUGGAACGUCAAGCUGCACCAGGUGGACAAGGACUCGGCGCUGUGGCAGGACAUGAAGGAGACCAGCACCGAGUUCAUACUGCUCAACGUCACCUUUCCCGACAAUUUCCCCUUCUCGCCGCCGUUCAUGCGGGUCCUGACGCCCCGAUUGGAGAACGGCUACGUGCUGGACGGCGGGGCCAUAUGCAUGGAGCUGUUGACCCCCCGCGGAUGGUCCAGCGCCUACACGGUGGAGGCGGUCAUGCGGCAGUUCGCGGCCAGCCUCGUAAAAGGACAGGGGCGUAUAUGUAGGAAAUCAGGGAAGUCCAAGAAAGCGUUCAGCCGCAAGGAAGCCGAGGCCACCUUCAAGUCCCUGGUGAAGACCCACGAGAAGUAUGGCUGGGUGUCCCCGCCCGUGUCCGACGGCUGAGUGCCCGGCCUCCGACCCUCCGACACCCGCGCUAGCCGGACAAAACCCAGCUAGCCCCGACACGCAAAACGACACACCACGCUAACUCAACUAUCUCUCAUCUUCACCUUUCGCUGUUUCAUUCAAGAGUUUUUUUUCCUUUUCAGUUUUGUGUGUCUGUGUUGUUAUUUCUUGACAAUUUUUUGUCCUCAUUUCCGCCGAAAACUCUCGGAGAGCAGACACGCCAUCACGAUGUCACUACUCCACCAAGAAAGCGACUUUCGUUCCCCUCCCUCUCACCCAGGGGGGUUCUUUCCCCUAUUUCGGAAAGACCUGAGAGGGAGGUGUGUGUGUGUGUGUGUGUGUGUCUGUGUGUGUGUGUGUGUGUGUAGAUGUUUGUCACUCCAUUGAACAUCAGCUGGGAGUGUGUGCACGUGCAUCGGAGUGUGCGUUACUGUUGGUGGAUUUCUUUUUUCUUUUUUUAACGCACACCCAUGCACGUGCAGUUGGAUAAAUCGGACAGUGGGGACUGUUCCACCCAUGUGAAAGACUACUGAAUGAAGGAGACUCAUCCCCCUUUUCUUGUGCCCGCAAUCCCACCCUCUCCUCUCUCUCCACCCCUCGCUCCCUUCUUCUCUUUAGCACUGAACUGGCGUCACUUCCCACCGUCUCUCUCUGUAGCUGUCGGGUCAUUUACAUAUAAAUGAAGCUGUUAAUGUUUAAUAGACGGGCAGCGCACUGGCGUUUAUGCUCACUCAUUCAAUCCUUCAUUUCCCAUUUCUUUCGACUGUGCCGUUGCUCACAGUUCAAUGCAACAUGAAGAUUGUAUUUUACAUGGAGCUGUGCUCUCUCUCUCUCUCUCUCUUUAUUUCGCUCGCUCGUUCACUUUGUUUCUCUCUGUUUCUCUUUGUUUCUCGCCAUCUCUUGUGGCUAAAUUUAGAGCUCACUGUUGCAUCGAUGGAUAUUAAUUUCUAAUGGAGAAAUUAGUCACAUGUUGCUGUAUGCAGAGACUAUGUAUGAUAAAUAGAUUGACAGUCAAUCACCUCUUUUUCUCUCUCUACUCUCAUGUUAUUGUGUGUGUGUGUGUGUGUGUGUGUGUGUGUGUGUGUGUGUGUGUGUGUGUGUGUGUGUGUGUGCUGCAGAAGAGGAAGACUGUAAUUUCCCAUGAUUUAGAUACCAGAUGGUACAGCUGAAGGCCAGGCCUCAGUAUGUGUGUGUGUGUGUGUGUGUGUGAGCAAGGGAGACUACCCUUUAAACAGAGAAUAUGAUUUACUGUGAAUGACACUAAGGCCUAAAGGGAGUGCUGUUUAUUUGUUAAAUUACUCGUCGCCGUCUUGUUCCACUUUCUAUGUCCGCUCCUGAUUAAUACUACUGUAAACGUGUGUGGUUGUGACUGAAUACCUGCGUGCACAUAGCCUCGUCUGUCUCUCUCCGAUCAAUGUAAAGAACUAAAGGUCAGCAGAAUAUACACUUCGGACGCACACACAAGCACGCCCACACAUCCACACACAACACACACACACACACUCGCUCGCACACCUGCGGCCUUGACGGCUGCGGUAACACUAAGGAAUGAAGACAGACAGGGGCUCGAGCACCGCCAUGGAUGGAGUGGUGCUUUAAAUGAGCGUACGCUUCAGAGCCCGCCUGAUUGAUGUCUGCUGAAAGAGGGAGAGGGAGAAGACGAAGAACAGAGGGAGAGGAGGGAAGCUUUGAUCAGUACCGGCUGCUUCUCAGAAAUGUCAGGUGGCUCACAAAAUGGCCGAAGACAGAUAUCAUUUGCGCUACCCGUUGUGAUUACUUAAGAGACACACAGUUCCUGAGUUCCAACCUUUAAAAGGACGUGUCUAAUAUUAGCUCUGCGGCUGCAGCAACGUCGGUCUCAAUCAACCCAGGCUCCUACUAGCCACAGACUGCCCAUCCGUCCAGUCCAGUGUGCUCCUUGUAUGUUUGUUUUGCUAUCUGCCAGUUAAAUGUCAGAGGGAAAGCUGCUAAUUGGUCUGACAUUUCAGCAGAGCGUCAUUAGAGAAGAGCAGCUGAGAGCAGAAGGAUAGAGGAUGUCAAACCUCCCGCUCUGCGCUGACAUUUUGUCACUGUGUGUUUUUUUUUGAGGGGGAGGAUGGGGGUGUAGGGAGGGCAGACAGUGGGUUAGGUGAGGAGAGACAGGAGCAUAUAGCUCAGUGCCAGUCAGCUCUCAGCCCAGCCGUAAUCCUGGAGCAGGAUGUUCAAACCGCUGAGCUGAAGCCAUUGAGCUGAAGCUGCCAGCACGCAGCGUUUGGACCAGGCCGCGCCGCGUUUGAAAGCCCGCCUUGUGUUGCGUUUGUGGUCGAUGACAAAUGUCCGCCUGUGUGUUUGUGUGAGUGCAUGCGUGUGUUACACUCCCAUUAUGAAAAAAAAUAGGCAAAAGACAAACAACAACAAAAAAAAAUGACAAAACACCAUCUGGUAUGUGAUCAUGUACGAAAGCGUGUUAGUCCUCUUUGAAUUCGGCUAGUCAUUUCAGGGUCGAUCGUUUAGUGAUCUCUUGGCUUGUCAGCGGAGAAAACUGUAAACUGAAUUAUUAUUAAGACAAAAUAUCUCAAAAGCUGAGUGUUUGCUGGUUUCAAGAGAACAAUUUUGUGAUAUAGUUUAGAUUGGUAGUUUGCAGACACUAACUGGGUGAACUGAUUAUGUUGUAUUAUAUCUGCAUGUGAUAUGUGAUUGGUAGCUAGCUACUGUAUAUCUUUUUUCAAGAAAAGCAAGAAAAAAAUACGGGGGGUGGGAACAAAAAUGCAAAUGCUUCUCUUUUCUUUUUCUUUUUUUGGGUUCUGUACUGUAUGUAUAUUUUCUUUCUUUCUAAGCGUCCUAAAAAUGUCACAUUGUGUUAUAUGAAUGUUUGUGUUUUAAUUUAUUUGUGGUUUGCCAAAAUGAAGAUUUGAAGCAUGUUGCAGUUAUUGUCACAAGAACAUGAGAAGAAAAAAAAAAUCAUACAAAGAAUGAUAGCCUAUGUAUUUGUGCGAUGGGGGAAGGUGUGUUUAUUUGGGGGGGAUUUCAGGGAGUCAAGAAGGACAGAAGGUUGGAAAGCCUCAACAUUAUAAAGGGAGUAUUUCCUUCAUUGGGAGUGCAUCAAAGUGGAAUCAAGAAAAUUCCUACACUCCCAUGAAUACUUCUUAGUCCCCUCCAUGAUGUCACUACUGUCCCUUCCCCAUUGGUCCUGCUCUAGACAGUGAAUUGGCUUAUGGGCAAUGCAGUCAACACAACGAUCUGGACUAAAAGUUCCCCCAGUCACAGAUCUAGGAUCAGUAUGACCUCCCUAUGCUUCAAAUCUCACUCGUGAAGGGAAUGUGCAUAUCUGACCUGUGAUCAGUUACUCUGGGCAACUUCAUCCCACUCCUGACUCGAGUGUUUGGUCGAGACCGAGUUCAUAAAAGUUCAAAUGGUGAAAGGUCGCUGCAAGACCAAACAGGAAUGUGCAAUAAAAGUUACAGCUUAUUCAAACUCUG